GACAAUAACCGUGAUGUAGUUUUUCUGGAUUUUUUUACUCAUAAUAGGAAAUUUUGCAAAAAUAAAGCGUUAUCUGUUUAUAUUUGAUAGUUAACCAUAGGGAUAAUUUGAGUUUAGGUAAUUUUUACAUCAUAAUUGCUCUACAGAAUGGCGCACAUUUCUAAAGAUGCCGACACAGUCUGGCGUUCGGUUGCCAGUUCGUCGUACACCUACCCUGAAAAAUUUCGAGACGAGACAUUAGGUCCACGGCGUAAGCAACUGGAAAAAUACUUGACGAACAAGAUAAUGAAGGAAGUGGUAGAGCAGAUGAGGAAAAACUCUGAAGAGAAGACAUCUAGCGAGUACAACGAGAGAUUUUGUGACUCUGGAUUCCAGCCAAUGGUAGAACAGUUUGAUAAGCAUUCCGAGUUGCACCAGAAGCAUCCCUUGUACAAAGACCUUGCGCUGUCCUACUGGCUGCACAGCAAGGCAGAGAUCCAAGGAGCCACUUCCCAGUCGCACUCGUCGAUGCCUUUCAACAGGAAUGCCAACUUUAGCAAGCCGAUAAGUGAGGUCCUGGACGAGCAAGUGAAAGGGGAGAAGCUAUAAGCAUGCCGAGGUCUGCUGAGAAGAAAAAUAACAACACUCACCUUAUAUAAAAUUUUUAUUAAUUGGAAUAAACUUUUAUUUCUUAAAAUAUUCAUAAAUAUACAAGUUUAUGCUAUUUGUACCAUUUUACAUGAUUUACAUGAUUUUUCGCACAAACUAAAUCAUACACUAAUAAAUGUAUUUCACAAUUUUUUUUUGUAAUUAAGUAGUACUCACAGAGUUUAAUUAAAGUUACUUGACAUGAGCAAA